GUCCCAUGCACGCGAGUAUCGAUAAACGCCAGAGCACUGCGCAUUGCAGUCAUCUUUUGGAGCAUAGCAACCUCGCCGCAACCAAGACCGAGCCGCCGGUCGAGCAAACCUACCGACAAGACAUAGACAUGCCCUGAUCACAGAAAUGACCCUCGGUUCCGCGCUACCGUGGAGAACGUGCUCGUCCCCCCUCGGUCGCAUACAACAUCGAAUAUGCUUUUCGGCUCUCAAAAGCCGGCCGGUUGGGGGUCACGGCGCCUUCUUCCGGCCACAGUCUACCAACACUGACCCGAAAGGCCCAUUGGAGCCUGUGCUUCCAACCCGCGAACGGUCCGCCGAAGAUGCCGCAGCCAGUGCCCUGACAUCGCUGAUCAGUCGGCUUGGCCACAUCCCCAUAAGGCCGCAAAUCGCCCAUGAAUCGAUCGUCGUCAAACCCGUCGCCGCCCAGUACCCUCACAAACGCGAGGCUCGCGAGGCGCUGCACAAGCACCACCGCGCCCUGACGCAACAACUUCGGCUCGAUAAACAGCGACGACAAGACCGGGACGGCGACUGGCGCACUAUCCUUCAGCACCUCAUGAAAUCGACUCUCCCACACGCCAAAUCCGACAGCCGAAUCAAGGUCAUCAUCCCGAAGCACUCAAUCGAGUUCCUUUUGUCCGAUCACAGGAAGAGUCUGUGGAAUAUAAAAGCGAGGACGGGGUGUGCCAUCAACCUGUAUCGGCCAAGCGACGAAGGAGCGAACCUAGACCCUUACGUCACUCUGGGCGGCCAGCCGGCGGCUAUAUCUACCGCUGUCGACGACAUCUUAAAGGUCACCAAGGGCAUCACGGUUGUCAACACGGGCGAGCCUCAGGGGAAUGGACAGGACGGCAGCCAGGCUGAUCAAGCACCCGCAGAUGGAUCCGGCGGUUCGGCAUUCACGGCAACUAUAAUCCAACCCCACCAUAUGUCAGUGCCAUGGCGGCCCUACAAACUCGACAUGAGGGUGGAUCAGAUCCCACGACCCAGCGAAUGGACAACCGAGGCGUUUGAACAGUACGUCGCGGCGUUGACAAUGGGCGAAGUAGACGCGGGUAUCGGCCGGCGACUGUACCCUCCGGGCAAGACCCAUAAGAAGGCAGUCGUGCAGCAACUGCGUGAGGUUUUCAACAACUCGGACGCUUCGGACGCCGUUUCCAUCCCCGCGCUUAAUAUGGCCCUCCGCUAUCUCACCGCCGAUGGUGCGACUUACCUGUCGGUCGCUGAGGAGCUGAUCGACCGAGCCACGAAGCUGGAUCUACGCAUGGACGCGAACAUUUACAAUCUGCUAGCCGAAACAGCGGUCCAGUCUAAGAACCUGCUGGCGUUCGAAACCACAGUCAGCCAAAUGAUUGUCAACGGGCACAAGCCCAACCUACGGACUUGGCUGCUCUUCCUCCGCCUGGUCGAGGUAGAGGAGAUCAGGCGAUACAUCAUACAGGCCAUGGGUAUUAAGGGCCUCCUCUCCGACCCCAUGACCGUGACCCAGGUAUCGGGGAUCAUGGCCGAUCACGACGCCUAUCGUGCAGUUCAGCAGGGUCAGAACCUCGACGCUUUCAUUGCUGAACUCCAUGAGCUGUACGGCGCGGGUUGGAAGCUUCACCAGCGCGCUGCUUGCAGAUAUCUCGACGUGCUUGGACAGUACGGCAAAUUCGACGAAUCGAAACAGCUUCUCGAAUACAUGUUUAAGUGCUCGAACGGCCUGCCAAACGACGUCGCGUUAAACACCAUCCUCACACACUGCAAAAACCAGAGGAAGGUCGACCUGGCCGUGGCCUUUGUGCGCAUGUUUGACGAACGAGGCCGCAAUGUGGCCGACCAAAUCACGUUCAAGCUGCUCUACGAAAUGGCGCGGCAGAUACAGAAGCCGCAGCUACUCGGCGCCGUCUGGCGCUAUGCUCACAGAGUGGGGAUGACGAACCACCAAAUGCGUGAUCACGGCAUCAAGUUACUUGCCGGACACAAGUACCUCCUCUUCCGCCUCACCAAGUUGAUGCGCGGCAUGUGGGCCGAGCCCCACAACUGCAGGAUCGGCAUGCAAGAGUUUAUUGAGACACUCUUGCUGUGCGACUACGAUAUGAGCCGUUUCAAGUCCAAAAUUGCACAGGGUCGGCCCAAAAAGAAGCGGAAUCCCCCCAAGGCUGCCCUCCCUUCCACCUCAGACGCCCCAGACGCAUUAGACGAUGCGCCCAGCGGUUCCGAAAAAGCCCGUCUCAAUAGCGAGCCUGACGGCCCGUCGGGAUCUUCACCUGAUGAAUCACAUUCCGGCUCUACGCGUAUUCCUGGUGGGAAAGCAGACGGGGUCGAGGGAGGAGACGGGGAGCAAGUAACGACUGUAUACGCCGCGGAGGCAUACGACCUCUUCGCCAGAGCCAUGCACAAAGGCUUCCGCAAGGUCAAACCGGCGGUUCCGCUUGGUACCCUCCUACAAGCAGCCCUCGACUGCGACCGGAGGCUGAACUUGCUGUCGCGCCAGGAAAAGAAGUCGGUCCCUGGCAUGGGGGUGCCGGUCGACAUGUUCCCCCUCAAGUUGCCUGUUGUGAGGGUGGGGGAGAAAGAGCUUGAGUCAAAAGCUAGGCUGAGAUGGUUAACAGAGAAGACUAAUCAAGAGCGAGCUGCUCGUGCGAAAGCAAAAGAGUCGGGAUUUGCCCAUGUGACCCAAGGCACUGCGGAGGCGGCGGAGGAGGAGGAUGACUGGAAUAACAUGAUGCUGGCGGGCUAUGAAGCUGGAUUGGGGGAAAAAACAACGCGAUAAACGAGAGAACACAAUGCGAUAGAGCGUAGACAGGGCAAGAUGCGCCCUAGCACUGCGUCUGUAUGUACAACAUAUAUAUGUAUGAUAGACGAGAUACAUAUCUCAACGACAUAAAAUCUGAUAAUUCACUCCUGCGCUCUGGCAUCUAGCGAAACAGCGCAUCUCCGAACCCUCGAACCCCCUUCUCUUCGGUGUAAACCUGCACACCCCACCGGGGGUUUCGUAGCCGGCCACCUCCGCAACGGCGGCCUUUUGCU